GUUUUAAUGUCAUACUUACUUGUGAAUGUCCAAUGUAGUGUGUUUAACAAAGUAAUUGAAUGCAGAAGUCCGAAUGUGCGAAUAUAAAACCAACUUUACCCAAGUCUGUACAUGGGGGAGAAGGACCAAAUCCAUGCCCAGAGUAUGCAGUUAUUGAAAGUGCAGCAAGAAAUUUGCUGUCUCUCAUAACAGCAACAGUUGCUCAGGAACAACAGGUUCAGGGUCAGAGCCAAUCCCGGGGUUUGACUCCGAAUCAGUCUGGCAGACAGAAUCAGGGAUUUAGACAGCCCAGCAUUCAGCAAGAGAUGACUAGGUCAUUUCCUAGUAUGUUCAGAAAAGAAAGAAACAGCGGCAAACGCAGGUUUCCAACUCCUGUGACAAAAGCUGUUGCAGCCCCAUCAAAGCAUACUAGCCUUCAGUUUUACUUACUCCCAGCACCGACAGAUAGGACCCCACAAGGAUCUCAAGAACUUAAAUUCUUAAUGGCAGGGUUAGGUAAACGCCAUAUUUCACUACCUGACAACAGCAACCAUGCGGAGAUUACAGCAGCUCUUACAGUUGAGUAUCCUAAAAUGGAGAACUUAAUGGGUGGAUGGCUUGUAUACAAGGGGUCAGGUGGAAGUGGCCAGAGAAAAUUAACGGUUAACCCACCAGAAUCUGAGGGAUACACAGCAAAGCUUCUUAAGGGUUCAUCUAAUAAUGGAAGGCAUAUGCUUUUCAUUAUUCCACUUCAGGAUGAAACUGAUACUGCACCACUUCCUUUUGAUGCCCCAGAGUUCAGCAAAAUGCCAAAAUCACAAUGCAAGACAUGUGGUGAAACUUUGCCAUUACAAGCUCUGGCUCUGCAUGUAGAGUCCUGUAGCAAGCCAGACAGUGACCAAGAGGCAGAAGAAGAAACAAGUGAUUGCUUGGUAGCAAGCACUCAGAAUGUCUUCAGUGUCCUUAUUGAGAUUCGUCAGAUGUUGACACUGCUGAAGAGCCUGGCCCAUCAGGCAUAGCUUCCCAGACUACACCCAACCAAAUUCUGCCAACCACUUUGUCAGCAUCACUCUCUGAUUUUACAGAUGAAGAGAAGGAUUGGAAAACUGUACCAAACCCCAUUCAGGCAGCUGAAUUGUACAGGCAAUCUGUACUUAACCUUCAUGCAUCUGAGAAACCACUGUACUUGCAUGUUGACCUUACAAGCAGCAUCUCGGACCAAGAAGCCUCUCUCAUUGCUUUUUACAAAGCAUGUAAUAUGAAUUGGGCAUGUUCUCUGAAAACUAGGCUUGAAGGGGAUCCUGCUAUUGGAGAGGGUGUAAACCGUUUCUUAUUUUCAAUGACUACACAGAAACUGAAAUGUGGUUUUCACCUAAACCUUGGAAAUGCUCAUAUUACAAGGUUAUUUGAUGGCGAGCCAGAUCAUCUUGUACCAUCUUCAUCUGCAUCUGGUGGAUAGUGACCUGUUUCUGAUGGCUGGUAGAAUGAUCGGUCAUUGCUUUCUACAUGGAGGCCCACCCUUGUCAGGACUUAGCCCUGCUGUUGUCCAUGUCAUUUCUGGUGGCAGUGCUGAAACAGCUGUUGUACAGAUGUCAGAUUGUCCAGAUUUUGAUUUGCGUCAGAAAAUUAUGCUGCUUGAAGGGGACUCUGAACUAGCACCUGAUGAGAAGGAGAGCAUCAACGAUUUGUGCUUCUCGUGGGACCUUCCUCCAGUGAACAGUGCUAAUCGACGAUGGCUUUAUGAGAGGCUUCUACAUCAUGCGGUUAUUGGACGAACUAUGAGGCAAAUCAAGCAACUUCGAAAAGGACUGAAGGAGACAAUUCUGUGGCCACUACUUCGUCAACGCCCAGAUGUGCUUCCAGUCAUUUUUCCAUGCGAGACAGAUGAUGUGUUGACCUCGGUGUGUGUCAUAAACGGCAUCAGCUGGCCUACCAUGGUGAAAAAACGAUGAUGAUGACGACGAUGAUGAAUGCUCUUUGGAAGAUAAGAGUCGGGUUGCUGGCUACCUUCGUCAGUUCAUUGAAAGUGCAUCCAGUACUGAACUGAAGGCCCUCAUUAAGUUCUGGGUUGGCUGGGAAGUUCCCACUACUUCACUCAAACUGGAGGUAACCCACUGUAACCUACCUAAGGCAUCCACAUGCUUUGAGACCCUAAGGCUUCCAUCACGAUAUCACGAUUUCCCAGCAUUCAAGAAAGAAUUACUUGCCUGCAUCAAUACCGUAGAUACAGGAUUUGGGCUGGUGUAAUUACAAUUCUUUCACAGUAGUAUGCCUUGUUUUAGUAACUGUCAAAUUAUCCAGGUUUAUUCAUUUUAUCUAAUCCCAGUUCAUGGAUUGUGAGGGGGGAUAAAACAGGUUGAAGAGAAUAAAAUCAAAAUUGUUCUUUUUUUGUACAGUGUGGCAUACCUGGUCAUAUACUCUUUUUUUUUUAAUCUUUUUUUUUAUCUUGACAUGCAGUCACAGAGACUUUUCAUUCCUUUUAAAGUUGUUUACUUACAGUUUAACCUGUUCAAAAGACAACUGUUCUUCACUCUUUGUACAGUAUGUACUGUACUGUAACUUCAGUGUUUGGAGUAUAUUUUGCAUGCAGUCACUGUCUUUUCUUUCCUUUGUUUCUUUAAAGUUUAAUAUGUACAAAUGAGGUUGAAAAGAAUAAAAACAAAACUGUUCUUCACUCUUUGUACAGUAUUUACUGUAAAUGCUGUUCAUAUACUGUAACUUCAGUGUUUGGAGUAUAUUUUGCAUGCAGUCACAGUCUUUUCUUUUUGUUUCUUUAAAGUUUAAUAUGUACAAAUGAGGUUGAAAAGAAUAAUAAAAAAAAACUGUUCUUCA